AUUUCAGUCCGCAUGUAAACAUUUUGAAGAUUUGCAGUCAAAAAACGUGAGAUUUGAAGAAAUAACUGGAAAAUAGUUUAAAAAUGCUACGAACAUUGAUGUGCGCCCGGAGUGGGUUGACCACAACCGUUAAACUCUUCCGGCCGCAACAGUCAAUCCAACCAGCUCACAGCAAAACCAUUCCACCGACGUUUUCGCUGGUUCGACAUUACGCAAACCUUCCCAGCAGCAAGCAAUCCCCAAAAUCUGCUUCGGAAGAAGAAAAGGCCAAAGACGACCUCGACAAAAAGCGUAAAAUCCUGGAGCUCGAGAUGGAGGUGAUGCGCCAGGAGGGUCGCAAAGUGCCAACGCCGGCUAAGAUCAAGGAAUCAAACUGGGAGCACCUGCUGGGGCUGGAAUCGCGGAACCAGCGGCGGCACUACUAUCUGUACCUGUGGAACAUCGAGAUGGCCAAGGAGAGCCAGCGCGCCAAGAAGGAGCAGCGCAAGCUGGAGGUGGCAAAGCGCAGGGAAGAGCUGGAUCUGGCCAACGCCGACAAUGACCACAUCAUUUACGGGCUGUUCCACAACACGAUGUUUCUGCGGAUUUACGACUCGACGAUGGACCAUUUUCACAACAAUAAAUUAGUGCAGGCGAUGCGCUUCGGCCAGAACCUGGUGUUUGACUGCUCGUACGACAGCUACAUGAACGAAAAGGAGAUGCGGAACACGGCCAAGCAACUGAUGCUGUGCUUCGGCAUCAACCGGCUGCACAACGAACCGUUCAACGUGCACCACUGCAACGCCGACUUCCGGUCCAGCACGAUGGUCUCGCUGCGGAAACACCUGGCCCAGAUGGACGAACCGGCCUUCCCGAUCAACGUGACCGAGCGCAGCUAUCUGGACCUGUUCCCGAAGGAGCGGCUGGUCUACCUGACGCCGCACUGCAAGAACGAUCUGAACGAGUUCAGCCCGGACGACGUGUACAUUGUGGGCGCGAUGGUGGACAAAUCCAGCCAAGAGGCGAUCUCGCUCGGCAAGGCGAAAAAGCUGGGCCUGAGGAUGGCGCGGCUGCCGCUGGAUCGGUACUUUCAGUUCAAGAGUGGGAAGUCGUUGACGUUGGACCAGAUGCUGCUGAUUUUGCUGGAGCUGAAGGGGUCGAACGAUUUCGAGCGGGCGCUGGAGCACGUUCCGAAGCGGAAGAUUGUCCCGGUGGACGAGCAGCAGCAGGAACAGGAGCAGCGCUUCCGCGAGCGGAAGCAGAUGGGCAAGUUCAAGUUUAGCGCGGGGUCAUUUCACUCGGAACGGAAGUUUAAGAAGCGAUAUUGAGUUCCUACAGUGGUGUAGUGUUUAUUAAGUUUAGAGUAAAAAUAAAAAUAGACUUUAAU